GUGGCGAGAGCGCGGUACUAAACGGUAGCAUCCGUCGAGCGGCAGAGAAUCGUAACCGAAAUCGAACUGAAACAGAAAUAGAAACAGCAGCAAUUGCUUUGUUGUGGCACCUGGAACAGUAGUUAAUAUGCUCACAUUUUCCUCGAUCGAAACCGAAUCAGAUCGAAUUGCUGGCCAGCAGUGAGCGGGCGGAGAGACUGAAUUGCUACGCCACAUUAAGAGCGACGAACCAUAGAAGUGCUAAAAUAACACCCACAACCUCCAACAGCCCCCAACAAUUCUCAACGAAGCUCCACGAAUUUACCCCUUAUAGUAGGAUCUAGUAGGAAUUAAAUAGGACAUUAAACAUGAAGCUGAUGUGCUGUGGUGGGAGCAACGACUCCAUGGACCUGAAGAACCCCAAGAAGGAUGAUGAGGCCGAGGCCAAAGGUUCCGGUCUGGGAGUACGCCACUUCCAGGUCUUUCUUCUCUUCUGCGCCCUGACGGUGGCCUAUGCCCAGCGCGUCAACCUAUCCGUGGCCGUGGUGGCCAUGCUUGAUUCAAACUCCGCAAAUCCGGAUUUUCCUGAGUACAACUGGUCGGAUAAGAUAAAAUCCCUGCUGCUGAGCAGUUUCUUCUGGGGCUAUGUGGUCACACAGGUGCCGGCUGGCCAGCUGGCGAGGAAAUUCGGUGGCAAAGUGAUGAUCCUUUCAGGUCUCACCAUCUGCUCGGUGCUGAACAUCCUAACGCCCCUCUGCGCCAAGUUUGGAGGCUGGCAAUUGGUGUGUGCCCUGCGUGUGGUCGAGGGUCUAUGCCAGGGCGUGGUCUUCCCAUCCACGCACACUAUCCUAUCCCAGUGGGCGCCUCCGAAGGAGCGCGCCACGCUCGGCACGUGCGCAUAUUCGGGCAAUCAGUUUGGCACGAUCAUCAUGCUGGCCACCAGUGGAAUGUUGGCUGCCUCAUCGGCUGGGUGGCCAAGCAUCUUCUACAUCUCAGGCGGAGUCGGAUGCGUAUGGUCGGUCGUGUACUUCCUUUGGGGCGCCAGUUCGCCGUCGGAGUGCAAGAGCAUCUCGUCGGAGGAGCGGAAGCUGAUUGAAAUGGCGCAGGCCGGUGAAGUGGCCACUGUACAGGAUCAGGCAAAGGAGCAGCCGCAACCCCGUACACCCUGGCUGAGCAUAUUCACAUCGCCUUCAUUCUUAGUGCUGAUCGUGGCGCACUCCACUCACAACUGGGGCUUCUGGACCCUGUUGACUGAGAUUCCCAGCUACAUGAAGAACAUCCUGGGCAAGGACAUCAAGUCGAACGCCCUGCUCUCGUCCCUUCCCUACUUCUGCAUGUUCUGCAUGUCGUUCGUCUUCUCCGCUAUAUCCGCCCAGUUGAACAACCGCAACUGCAUUUCCACAGCCGCCAGUCGCAAGCUGUUCAACACGAUUGGAACCUGGAUCCCUAUGGUCACGCUUAUCGGACUGGGCUAUACGGGUGCGGACCAGGGCACCUUGGCCGUUGUCCUGCUCUGCUUCACCGUAGGCACGAACGGCGCCACUUACCUGGGCUUCAACAUGAACCACAUAGAUCUGUCGCCGAACUUUGCCGGCAUCCUAAUGGGCAUCACCAACUGCGUGGGCAAUAUCAUGAGCAUAAUCGCCCCGUUAGUGGUUGGUGUCAUUGUCACCGAUGAGAAAGAUCCCGAUCUGUGGCGCAUAGUAUUCUUCAUUGCCGCUGGCUUCUACCUGGUGGGCAACGGGCUGUUCGUGAUCUUCGGUAAGGCCGAAGUGCAGCCCUGGAACGAUCCCCCGGUGAAGCCCAGGCGCAACUCCACGCCUCAGGUGGAGUCGCAGCACUAACACCGACGAAUUUAGCGAAAUGUGAAGAGAAACCGCUAGUCAGCUAGUUCAGUUUUCCACCAAAACCCAGCCGAACCGGAUCCGAUCAGAUCCGAUCCGAUCCGGUGGUCGGCCAACUGUCAAUCCUAAUUGCGCAAUGAAGCGCUAUCCAAUGCAUUUUCGCAUUGUCCGAACUAAUUCGCGCUCCGUGUAUAUUUUUGUAUAUUUGUAAACUAUUCGUUACUGUAUUCUGUAUUCGCGUUCCCCUCGUCUUAGGUUUAGUUAUAGUGACUAAUUAUGUAAGGGCACUCACAAAGUGAGGCGAAAAUAAUAAUUAUAUUGUACUAUAUGUGUGCUGUAUCAGACUACAGCUAAAGCAUGUGAAAAGAAAA